AUGGGGAGGAAGAAACUUGAAAUCAAACGAAUUGAGAACAAAAGUAGCCGACAAGUUACCUUCUCCAAACGACGCAACGGUCUCAUCGAGAAAGCUCGCCAGCUUUCCGUUCUCUGUGACGCAUCCGUCGCUCUCCUUGUCGUCUCCGCCUCCGGAAAACUCUACAGCUUCUCCUCCGGUGAUAACCUGGUCAAGAUCCUUGAUCGCUAUGGAAAGCAACAUGACGAUGAUCUUAAAGCCUUGGAGCGUCAGUCAAAUCCUCUGAACUGUGGUUCACACCAUGAGCUACUGGAACUUGUGGAAAGGUUAGUACUAACUAUAAGACUUUUUCUCUCCUUUGAUCACAAAGGAAUUAGGGUUUCUUGUCAAUCUAUGAAUAUAUGCAGCAAGCUUGAGGAAUCAAAUGUCGAUAAUGUAAGUGUCGGUUCCCUCGUUCAGCUGGAGGAACAACUUGAGAACGCCCUCUCCGUAACAAGAGCUAGGAAGACAGAACUAAUGUUGAAGCUUGUCGAGAACCUUAAAGAAAAGGAGAAAUUGCUGGAAGAGGAGAACCAUGUUUUGGCUAGCCAGGGAAGAUUACAUCAUUCGGGGAACCUAAACCAAGAUGAAGCUUUUAGGCUCGUAGAGAAAGCUAUUUGCAGAUGGAGAAGAAUAAUCUUGUGAGAGCUGAAGCUGAUAAUAUGGAGGUGUCACCUGGACAAAUCUCCGACAUCAAUCUUCCGGUAACUCUCCCAUUGCUUAAUUAGUCACCUUUAUUAAUUGGUGGAUAAAUAAAAUCCAAAACAUAUAAUUUUUAAAAAGAAGAUGUGUAGUUAUCCCCUUGUAAAGGGUGUACGUUGUAUAAUCUCAAUACCCUCUCCGGCUGAGAGACUUUGGAUGUAAAAUUACUUGAGAUUUAACUAUGUAAAAUAAAAAAUCUAUGUAAGACACUUUGAAACUU